AUGUGGCUGGAUUUCUCCUCGGUUCCUCCUCUGGACCUCCCUGCCAACCCUAGGAAAGUCCCCAAAAGUCCUUUGUUUUCCCAAGUUCCAUCUGGACUCAGCUUGCAGUGCUUUAAUGAAAUGCUGAAAAAUGCUCACCAGGUGUCCGCCAUCCUUCCAGGUGUAGCAGACAUCUCUGAUUAUAACAUCCGAGAGGCUUCUAAGUGUGGGCCAGAAGGUGUUGAUGUCUUCGGAGUGGAACAAAAUGUCUUAGCGGCGGCCGUGAAGGAGACGGAGUCCAGGAGUGCUGGACUUAACGUCCGAGUGCAGAGGCUGCAGAGGAGGGUGCAGACCCUGCUGGGUGAGAUCGUGUCACUGCACUGCAGCCAGCAGUUGGAGGGGCUCAACAGGUUGGCUCAACAUGGAGGUGUUCCCUCGCAGAUGCACCUUCAACCACAUUUGUCCCAGGCGUCAUUGCCCUUGGCAAAUUUUUGUGAGUUUAGAGACUCUAACCAGGCAUUGCUCAGACGCCUGGAACAGGACUUGGACUCGGACGCCACGGCCAGCAGCAGCUCAGAUGAGGAGCAAGAUGAAGUCAAGUUGACCAAAGGACGCAAGAUUUCACUGAUAGGCAGCAGCUGUGAACACAAGUGGCUGAAAGAGAGAGCAGAGAUUGGCAGCAGAUGGUGCUGGUUGCAGCUACGCCUUGCUGACCUUGAAGGAAAGAUUGUGCAACUUGGGGAUCUCCACAAAAACAUCCGGUCCAGUAAGGGUGGCGUGGUGCUUGCUGAGUCCCAGCCACCCACAGAGAGGCAGAUCCAACAGACGCUGUUAAAGGAUAUGGCUGGCCUUUCCUGCACAGCCUCAGAUGCUGACUCUGAACCCUGCAGUCCUAAUCGUCUUCUUUACAACAUUGAGCGACAGAGUGCUCAGCUCAGCCACAUCGUCAACAGUCUGAUUGCGCCUCUCAGAUUCCCAUCACCCUCAAAACAACAGAUGUGGAAAGGCGGGAGAGUCUCUACCUCCAGUGGUCUCAGAGAAGGUGCUUUCAUACCACGGGGAUCGAACAGAAGAUGUAAGCGUUACGGAACGGAUGUGUCGUGUGUUUGUGCUCGAACACGACCACUGGUCACCCACUGCAAGCCCAAAUUGUUCUUGUUCAAAUCCUACAAUGUGAGCAAGCCACAGGACUUUUGGAGGUCUGAUUUCAGCUUCUCUCCAUUGCCAUCACGUUCCGGCUUGACAUCCAGCUCAAUCAGAACUCCGUCCGAGUUAACAGCCUCAUAUGAUACUCCACAGAGGAUUGUGGGGAGAGAAGAAUGGUCCCAAAAGCCUUUAGCCAUCAAUAUCCAAUCAUGCAGUCCAUCUCACUCUAACAGAUGCAGGCCCACGCUUCACAAUAACUCCAGACGAAUACGCCAUGCUGGGCAUGGCAUGUGCCCGACAUCCAUUACUAAGUUGCUUGAUUCUACGCGAGGUCAAUGCAGGAGAUGCAAUGGGUCGAAGAGACAGAGAAGACAUGCUUUCAUAGAAGAUGGAACGUCUGAAGUGUAUCACCUGUCUUGUAUCACCAAGAGCUUCAUACAGGCUUCACAGGGCUUUACAUGUCAACACAAGCGUGGACGUGAUGACAACACGAACAGGCUUGUCACCAUGCCAGUGGCCAAGGUGGACAAGAGGCUGUCCAAACAUAUUCUCACUCCAAGUUGGCGUUUUGUUGACGCCCAGUAUCAAGUUGAGGAAUCAGUGAGGGAUGCUGAAGAGGCGCAGGUAGAGGAGGUCACCAAUGAGGUCUUUGCACAGAGACACUUGGCUUUAGAGCUGAAGGAGAAAUUAUACUCAACGUCUUGGGCAAGGGCGUUGUGUUGCAGGCGUUCGACAAGAUCUGGCAGCAGAUUGCGAGGCAGUGGGGGUGGGGUGUUCACAUCAGGAGAGGAGAACUCCGUGGCUUGGAGUUCUUCUCGGCUGAAUGCUGACAAACUGCCAGACACGGAGCAGGGGAUGAAACACUGGGAGCCAAGGAAGUUUCCUUUAGAUGAAAAACAAGAAAAAUCCCUGCAUGAUGACACCAUGGAGGUACAACGCCCUCUGGUGGGCCAACCAUGACCAUUACAGCGAGGCAUGCCUUUACCGUGCCAUGUUUACAUGUGAUAGAGAUCUGUAAAUGGUAAUUCACUACUUGGAGAGUAGCACAAGUGGGACAUUUCUGCCCGAUAUUCUACUUACAACAUCUCAAAUUACUUCCUGUUUUGGUGCUUCUUGAUGACAUAUCCAUAUUGUGUGAUAGACUGAUAUUGUAAUGUCAGUGCAUUUAAUAAUCACAGACACUCCAUAGUUCCAUUUUAUAUAUUUGCAUCAUAGGCUGAUGCAAAAGCAGACAUUUUAGCAUAUACAUUAUAAUGUAUAUGUACUAUAUAUACAAAAUAUAUACUGCAUCUCUCUGCAGAGUCACCAUUCAGCAUCCAUAGCCCAGCAAAAUUGCAUUCAUUCAUUUUCUACCGCUUAUCCUCACGAGGGUCGCAGGGGGUGCUGGAGCCUAUCCCAGCUGUCUUCGGGCGAGAGGCGGGGUACACCCUGGACUGGUGGCCAGCCAAUCACAGGGCACAUAUAGACAAACAACCAUUCACAAUCACAUUCAUACCUAUGGACAAUUUGGAGUCGCCAAUUAACCGAGCAUGUUUUUGGAAUGUGGGAGGAAACCGGAGUACCCGGAGAAAACCCAAAAAUGCAAGGGGAGAACUAAAAACACUUUCAAACUAUACUUAAAAAAAUAUAUAUUCAUCAUUAUUUUAAAAUAAUUGAUUAUUUCCUAUUUUUCCCCACAGAAACACAUCUCAUUCACCCUAAGUGGGUAAUAAUUUAUAAGUAUGUCACAUUUUCAACAUUUUCAUGUACCACUGUUUGUUUUUUACAUAUUCAUGUCAUUUUUGAUUGUUUGGCUGUCCUUGAAUGCAUCGUAGUUAGUGAUGAGAACCUAACAUUUUUUAAGUGUGUGAUGUAUAUUGAAAAGAGAAGGGCAGGGUUCUGGAUGUGAAUGUGACUUUGUAAUUACAGCAGUCAUUUUAAUUGCAAAUGUUGAUCCAACAUCGGGAGACACUGUCAGGCUAGAAGGAGGGUUUGGGGGAGGGGCGUGUGUCAAACAUGUACAGACAUUUUUGUAUGUUUUAUAUGAAAACGUACAACUCUUUGAAAUCUUUCAUUGUAUUUUUCAACCUGCCAUUUUGAGUUUUUGAAAUUGUAUUUAACAAGAAAUACUACUUCAAAGGAACCUCAGGUUAAUUUAUUUCAUUUUUAAACAUUGGGAUUGUAACACUGUGAAAAAUACUCAUGUUUGCUCAACGUUGGUGUUGUAUUUUUCAUGAAGCCUUCAUGAAGCAUUCACAAUUGGUUUGUAAUGAAAAAUUUUGU